UAAUGGGUGGAAUAUCGAAAAUUGCAAUUGUUUUACUACUACACUUAGUGAUCACCGAUAAAGUAUUCGCUGCAGAUAUAAUAUCGCCGAUUGCAAGUGAGUUCAAAGCAAAUAGAAUUGUCCCCGAUGUUAUUCCAUUUGCCCCAAAUGGUAAAUUGUGGGUGGCAUACCAGAGUGCAAUUGAAGUUGAAUUUGGAAACGAGCUGACUCCUACAGAAGUAAAGGACAUCCCUUUUGUGUGGUGGCCGUGGGAAAUGAGCCCUAACGAGUAUUAUACUCUGGCGAUGGUUGACCCAGAUGCGCCUUCCCGCAGCGUGCCAACUUCUCGUAAUUGGAACCACUGGCUCGUCUGCAACAUUCCCGGACAUCACGUAGUUUCCGGGGAGACGAUCGCUGAGUACGUUGGCGCAGGACCCGGUGAGGAUUCCGGACUACAUCGCUACGUGUUCCUAGUUUACAAGCAACCAGCGAGAAUUGUAUUUAACGAGCCAUAUCUUAAUAACAGGUCUAUCGCUAAUCGGACUGGUUUCUCCAUCUAUGAUUUUGCGAAGAAAUAUAACUUAGCUGAUCCAGUAGCCGGAAACUUCUUCGUGGCUCAAUAUGACAAUUAUGUUCCGAUUCUUUACAAACAGCUUGGAAUUAAAGAUAUUAUGAGUAUUGAAGUGUAA